GGCGCAGGCGUGAGCCGAGUGCCGUCUGCACCUGCAGCCGCGCACCCGUCACCAGGACACAAGUCUCCGUCACCGUCACCAGCACCCUCUGCUCGGUACUCUGCUUGUGCUGGCCGACCCCCAGCCUCGAUCCCGCAGGUCGGAUUUUUGCACUCGCCCGGUGCGCCAGACCGCUGUUGACGAGCCCUAAAUCAUUUUAGCUGCGCACCUGAGGAAAAAACAGCGCCUUACAUACCACUACGACUACAAGAACUGCGGCGUGGGACUAAAGGUCAGGAGGUAUGAGGGAGGCGCAGUGAGGGUCGCCCCCGACGCCCGCCAUGGAAGCCGCGUCGCCACAUGUGGGCAGGCGCGUGCUGCGCUCCCGCAGGAACAGGAGGGCGUGCACUUCGGGCGCUGAGCAGCGGCUGGCGAAGCGGCUGUUCACGGCGGACAUCAAGCAGCAGCUGAAGCGUUGGCUUCUGCGCCGCCGGGACAACCCGUACCCCAGCCGUGAGGAGAAACGGGCGCUCGCCCUGCAAACGGGACUCACCUACACACAGAUCUGCAAUUGGUUUGCCAACUGGAGACGGAAGUUGAAGAAUGCAGGCUGUGGAACAGAACACCACUGCACAUGGACAUCGCUCAUCAAAAACUACAGCAGGAAGACACAAGGCAACAUCGAGAGAUUCAGCAUCGCCUCAGAUGACAGUAUCUGGGAUGAAUGCGACACUGUCGAUACUGAACAAGAUGGUGAAGUAGAGGUCUCAGAUGGAUUACCUGCACUAUCUUAUGUUGCUAACGCAACAGCAAUGGAUCACAGUUACUCAGCACUGCACCGUGACCACCAGCUCCCUGCAGCCGAAAUCCCAUAUGUCAUAGAUGCCUCCAGUGUACACCACCAGUCAUGCAACAUCACCUCGCCUGCUACCGAUUCUCACAUGUCUGAUCUCAGAACAUUACCACCAAGGAACAAGUACAAAAGUCACAUGAUGCACAAAUUCCUCAAUGACAGCAGGCGGAGUGAAAACAGUGAUCAACUUGUCCAAAUCAUUGACAUGGAAACAGGAUUGCCUCCAAAAGCGGACACGUGCCUCAGAGAUAAAUGGCUUGAAAGUGCUCAAAAAUUCCAACCUAGUAAUAGUUUUGUGACAUGGUCAGCCAGAAACAUAACAUGGAAAGCAGUGGCGAAUCAAGACUACAGGAAGGCUCGCAGGCUGAAUGUCCCAGCACUACAAGCAGAAGAGCCUGUGUUAUCAACAGCUGGACACCACCGAGAGGAGCUCGAUGCUGCUUUUGCACUUACCUGCCUCUCUCAAACACAGCAUUGACAUCUCUGAUCCUGCUUCAGCUGCAUAAUAAAUGAUCUCUUAACAGUUGUAGUCUGAUGUUCAGAUUGCCUACUGUGAUAUUUGCUACACUCUAAUAUAUACAUCUUUAUCUGGAGAGAAAAGAUUGAAUCACUCAUCAUACAUUUGGGCUUGCAUUGAUAACCAAUAAGUUCCAUACAUAAACAAAGAUUGUAUGCACAUUACAAGAUUUUUUUCUUGUUACUUGAAACUAUAAAGUAAAAAGCAAAAUACACAAACAGUUCCUGUUGUAGACAGACAUUUAUUUUUCUGUUGAGUCUUUUUUGCCACAAUUUGUUAAUAAUAAUUGUUACACAAAUUAGUUGUCAAUAUCUACUUCUAAUAUCACUUACAAAUAAGUUUUUUAGUCUACUAACACUUGACAGCAUUUCAUGUAAAAUAUGUAUUUUCUUUCUUACCAGAAAAAAGACUGAAGUUACUGAAUUAUAUAUUAUUUACUCAGUUCCUUGUUCUUGACAUUAUGAUAACAACACCAGGCAUACAAUAACAAAUAAUACUUUUGACAAAUGAUCAUUAAAGUGUGCUGUCUGACUUUCUGACUUAA